AUGCCUCUAGACACAUCAACCUACUCCUUAGCACUCCUUCGCGUAGACGGCCGACGCUGGAACGAACUCCGUCGCCUCCACGCCCAAAUCCGCACACAAGAUGCCGCCGACGGAUCGUCAUACUUCGAGAUGGGCCACACAAAAGUAAUGUGUGUCGUGACCGGCCCUUCAGAACAAAAUGCACAGACGCAGGCGCAGCGACGAGGUGGUCAGGCAACGGGGCGUGACAACGCUUCCAUUAGUGUGAAUGUGGUUAUUGCUGGGUUUUCGAGCGUGGAUCGCAAGAAGCGCGGACGAAACGACAAGCGAAUUCAAGAGAUUGAAAUCACCAUUGCCAAGGCACUGUCUUCAACUGUCCACACGCACCUGUUCCCGCAUUCCACCAUUACGAUAUCACUACACGUCCUCUCGCAAGACGGAUCUCUCCUCGCUGCCCUAAUUAAUGCCGCAACUCUUGCCGUCAUUGACGCUGGUAUUCCGAUGACCGAUUACAUUGCGGCCUGCACAGCCGGGUCAACAUCUUCCUAUGCUGCUGGCGAUGACUCUGCGGACCCGCUCCUCGACCUUAACAAUCAAGAGGAGCAGGAGCUGCCGUUUCUCACCGUAGCGUCGCUGGGGGAUAGUGACCGCGUUGUGGCCCUGGUUUGCGAGAGCCGCGUCCAGGUCAGUCGUCUGGAAGGUAUGCUUGUGGUUGGCUUGGAUGGGUGCAAACAGGUCAAGAUGUUUCUCGAUAAGACCAUCAAAGAUAAGGGAGUCAAGAUGAUUAGAGAAGGGGCUGUGCAACGAAGCGAUACCAUGGCCAUGGAGCUGGACGAGUAG